AUGGCGCCCUCAUUCAUGACCAUUGAUACCAACGACAUGGACGUCGACUUCGGCGCAGCCAAGUCCGACAAACUCCGAGACCUCUUCAACACCUUCGAUCGCGCAACCACAGAUCUGCAGAUGCUUGACCGGCUUUCUGCAGGCGUUGUCUCCCUCCCCGCAACAACCUACGACCUCAUCCUCAUCCUCACAGACACAGACGGCUCACGGCGCACCGAGGCCCUCCAACUCCUGACCCGAAAUGUAUACUCAACCCUGGUCCCAGCCAUGAAGGCCGGCGCCAAGCUGCAAACACAAGACUCGGCGCUCAAUGCCUCCGAGGCUAUGGAAGCCGUGCUGGCAGGUCUCGUGCAGGCCGAUAACGGCUUCGAGAAACCCAACUUCGAGCCCUCCGCCGCAGUUCCUCUGAAAUUCGGCCUGAAGAGGAAAAAUAAGGCUACUCCGCCUACAGCAGUCCCCAGUGUUCCUGCAUUCACUGCGCCCAUGGGAAUUGAUGACCCCGCAACCAAUAACGACCAAGACGAUGAUGACGAACUCAUUAAUGAAGAUACCCUCCUCGACGAAGAGCAUUUAACACGACCCAUAAUGCCGCCCCCAGAAUGCCAACCCAAGACCGGCCGCCGGCGACGCGCCUGUAAAGACUGCACCUGCGGUCUCGCCGACCGACUCGAGGCAGAGGAUAGAGAGCGUCGCGCGAAGGCAGAUAAAGAAUUGAAUGUCAUGAAGCUGGAUACCGGUGACCUCAACGAGCUGGACUUCACCGUCGAGGGCAAGACUGGUUCCUGUGGAAGCUGCGCCCUCGGUGAUGCCUUCCGCUGCGACGGUUGUCCCUACAUGGGUCUUCCUGCGUUCAAGCCUGGCCAGGAAGUCCAGAUUCUGAACGAUAUUGCGCAGCUAUGA